AUGAAGGCAAUGCAGCCGCCGGAGACACUCGCUGUUGGCGCCGAGGUUGUGGACACAAUGUCUGAAGUGACCACCGUUCUGCUUCUACUGCUGUUACUGCUGCUGCUCACGGCCUGGAGCCGAAUAAACCGGUCACUUAUACCCGGUCCGUCCUUCUUGGCGGGACUCGGUCCUAUCCUCUCCUACAGCAGGUUCAUCUGGACAGGGAUAGGAACAGCGAGCAACUACUAUAACAACAAAUAUGGCAGCAUGGUCCGGGUCUGGAUUAAUGGCGAGGAGACCCUCAUUCUGAGCAGAUCUUCAGCAGUGUAUCAUGUUCUGAGGAGCGCCCACUACACCGCCAGGUUCGGGAGCAAAAAAGGGCUGGAGUGUAUCGGGAUGGAAGGGAGGGGUAUCAUUUUCAACAGCGAUGUCUUGCUCUGGAAAAAAGUGAGGACAUAUUUUUCUAAAGCUCUGACUGGCCCAGGCCUCCAGAGUACGGUGCAAAUCUGUGUGAGCUCCACAACCAAACAUCUGGACCACUUGCAGGAGAUGACAGACCCCUCCAGACACGUGGACGCUCUCAAUCUGCUGAGAGUCGUAGUGGUGGACAUCUCCAACAGGCUUUUCCUCAGGGUGCCGCUCAACGAAAAGGACUUGCUGAUGAAAAUCCACAACUACUUUGAGACCUGGCAAACAGUUCUUAUAAAGCCUGACAUAUUCUUCAAGAUUGGAUGGCUGUACAACAAGCACAAGAUUGCAGCCCAGGAGCUGCAGGACGUGAUGGAGAGCCUUCUUGAAAUGAAAAGAAAGAUUAUAAAUGAGUCUGAGAAGUUGGAUGAUGAUCUUGACUUUGCAACAGAGCUCAUCUUUGCCCAGAAUGUCGGAGAGCUUUCAGCAGAUAACGUCAGGCAGUGCGUGCUGGAGAUGGUGAUUGCAGCACCUGACACACUUUCCAUCAGCCUCUUCUUCAUGCUGAUGCUGCUGAAACAAAACCCAGACGUAGAGCUGAGGAUAGUAGAGGAGAUGAACACGGUCUUGAGUGAAAAAGGUGAAAACAUUGAUUAUCAAAGCUUGAAAGUGCUGGAGAGUUUCAUCAAUGAGUCUUUGAGGUUUCAUCCGGUGGUUGAUUUUACAAUGCGAAAGGCUCUGGAAGAUGACAACAUCGAAGGCAUUAAAAUCCCAAAAGGAACCAACAUCAUUCUCAACAUCGGUCUUAUGCAUAAGACAGAAUUCUUCCCAAAGCCAAAAGAGUUCAACUUGAUGAACUUUGACAAAACAGUGCCCAGUCGUUUCUUCCAGCCAUUCGGGUGUGGACCUCGUUCCUGCGUGGGCAAACACAUCGCCAUGGUGAUGAUGAAGGCCAUCCUGGCCACUCUCUUGUCUCGUUACACCGUGUGUCCUCGGCGGGGCUGCACCCUCAGCAGCAUCCGGCAGACCAACAACCUGUCGCAGCAGCCUGUGGAGGACGAGCACAGUCUGGCCAUGCGCUUCAUCCCUCGGACCGCAUCAACUCAGCACAGUCAGCACUGA